AUGGCGUCUCAUUCGGAGCUGCUAGAAUAUUCGUCUCCAGCUAAACGUCGGAAGAUUGACUGUGACGGUCACGGAACUUCUCAGGGGUCGGAACGCGAUUUCGGUGAUUGCAAAGCGUCGCACGAGACGGUCCACAACGAUCUGGAAGAAACUUUGGGUGGCGACAGUGGAUUUACAGAACUCGGCGACGGAACUAAAUCUGCACCAACUACACCAGAAACCAAUCUUGUACCAACACCAGCUCGCACAGAUUCCACAAGUGAAGAUACCAGUUAUCCACCAGACACAGCAAAUGAAAAGGACGACGUAUCGUCGACCGUAUCAAACUUGUCCGAAUUAUCGGGGCUUUCCGAGCUCUCCGGAGAGGCGGAAGACGGACCACAGUGGAGACCCGUUUCUUCUUGGGUUCAGAAACAAAUGCUGACAGGAGCUGAUCCUAGGGAUCUCCUGCAUCAUCUUCUCAUGGAUUCCACACAGAUACCUGAAGAGGUUGAUGACCUCACUCUGUGGAAGAUUAUUUUGAACAUGAUGUCAGAACCACCUAGAAGACAAAAGCUUAGGCAUAUUAAUACACUCAAUGAUGUAGUUAGGCUGAUAAAAUCAAGCCGAAAGAUAAUCGUACUGACUGGAGCAGGUGUAAGCGUGAGCUGUGGCAUUCCCGACUUCAGAAGUAGAGAUGGUGUUUACUCUAGGCUAGCACAAGAUUUUCCUAAUUUACCCGAUCCACAAGCAAUGUUCGAUAUAAAUUACUUCGCACAGGAUCCACGACCGUUUUUCAAAUUCGCUCGUGAAAUUUAUCCUGGCCAAUUUAAGCCUAGCCCCUGCCAUAGGUUUAUCAAGAUGUUGGACAAACACAAGAAGUUGCUUAGAAACUACUCGCAAAACAUAGAUACCCUCGAGCAGGUAGCAGGAAUUGAGAAUGUGAUAGAAUGUCAUGGAUCUUUUGCCACAGCAUCCUGUACAAGAUGUAAAUAUCAAGUUAGAGCAGAUGACAUAAGGGAAGAAAUAUUUGCCCAAAAAAUUCCAAUGUGUCCAAAAUGCAAAGCCAACACUUUACCCUCCAUUACGGAAAUGGAUCCGAAUGAUAAUUACAGAGAUCUAGUCAAUCAGGGGAUAAUGAAACCAGACAUUGUAUUCUUUGGGGAGGGACUUCCAGACGUAUUUCACGACGCUAUGGCAAAGGACAAAGAUGACUGCGAUUUAUUAAUUGUUAUCGGAUCUUCUUUAAAAGUAAGACCAGUAGCAUUGAUUCCAUCUUCCAUUCCGUCUCAUGUACCACAGAUUCUCAUAAAUCGAGAACCUCUUCCACAUUUGAAGUUCGACGUAGAGCUAUUAGGCGAUGGAGAUGUCAUAAUCAAUCAGUUAUGUCAUUUAAUGGGGGACAACUACAGUGAAGUUUGUUGGCAAGAUAACGUUCUGAAUGAAGCUACACAAUUAUUGCCAUCUAGGUAUACGGCUGACGAUUCGUGGGAACAAAGUCAGGACACUACUACCAAUCAUGAAUUUUCUCAAGACAGUGUUGAGCUCAAUCUAAAAUCGCAUCACGUGUCAACAGAAAGUCAAGAUAGCCUGAUGAUCAAUGCAAACACAACACCUAAGCACUCCGAAAACACAGAUAUCUGUAUUUCCCCGUUUCAUGCUGGUCACAUGGAAAACGCCGAGGGAUUCACUUUGCUUGGCGAAAGUCCGAAACGACGAUUGGGUGACUCCAGCGUCGAAAGUAGUCCGAAACGAAUGAACUUUGGAAAUAACUCAAGCUCAGAGUUAAUUGAUUCGUCUCUACAGUUGUUGGACAGUAUCGAUUCAAGUCGUGUAUUGGCCACGCGUAAUGAUCGAUUAAUAUCGGUAGAAUCAACGUCAGAAAAUAAUGGACAGAUUCUUAACUUAGAAGAGUGCCAUGUUGUCCCAAGACUUCUCAACUCAAGCUCGUCCAGUACAAAUGAGUCCGCUACCGAAUCACCUGUCACAACAGUCACUUCCACUCCAACAACAAUAAACAAUUUGUCUGUUUCGAUUGAUCGUGACAUUGUAGAUACAGAAAGAAUAAAUUCAAAGGCAAGACAUGUUUCUAUUGACUCAGCGAUGGAUUCUGGUAUGGGAGACAGUUGCAAUAGUGUGGACAGUUCCGAAGAAAAAGUUAUCACUGAUUCUAACGAUGAAGAAAUUACGAAAAGAAAUGAUUUUGAGAGGCGUUGUUGGCAAGCCAAAGUCAGAGAGAGUCUUGCGGCACGUUUACCAGAUAAUUCCUACUACCAAGCUACAGCUGGUAGGUACAUUUUCCCUGGUGCUGAGGUCUAUUCUGAUCCAGAGGACUAUGAUCAUUGUUCUCUUUCGGCAAAUUCUGAUAGUUCGGAAACUGAUAGCGAUUCAACUUCUGACGACGAAGAAGAGACUUGUGCAGAUGAGGAAUUCUCUGAAGGUGCGGAUAUUGACGGAGAAGGUGAUGGGGAAGAGGUUGACUGGGCAAGUAUUCCUUCAAAAGAAAUUCAACGCUAGUCUCCAGGAAAUAUUGGAACAUGGCAGUCAAUUCUUAUUGCAACCACUUUGGAGGAUUUGAUCAAAGUUAAAUUUAACUGUCAAAAUCAACGAGAAGAUAUAUGAAUACAUCAAAUUCAAUUUGCAUUUUACAUUCGCAGCGAAUUAAAUUUGUUUUUUUUUCUCACGAAAUUAUUAAACAUUACGAGAAGGAACAUAAAUCCUUAUUCGUAGUGCCUGAUUUUGUUAAAUCCGCUACCAGAUUAUGAAGAGAAAGGAAGAAAAAUAGUAUGUUUGAAGAUUUGCCAAAUUGGAGUACGUAUAUUGAUAGUGUACCGGUUUAUUUAGAUUACCGGUAAAUCUAAAUUAUUAAUGUUCGUUAUUUUAAGUAGGUAAUAGAACAGUAAUGGCUAAGUGUAUUAAAUUAUUACUCAGUUAAUAAUGGCAUCGCCUAUUUUGUCAAUCGGCGAUAAGACAUGAUAAUAAUGGGCACGUUUCCAUUUGAUUUCAUCAAAACACAUAAUAUGUCGCGUUUUCGAGUGUAGCGCGUUCCGAAGAUUAAGUUACGUAUACGCAGAUCUAGUCCCCGGGCGGGUUUUUGAAAUAUCAUUUUAACUCCAACAUUGGAUCAAGUAUUUAUAAUUUAUUGUUCGAAGAAAUGUUUAUUUUGACAUCGCAUUUAUACUGAUGAUAUGUUAACCUCAGCCGACGAAAUGUGUCUAAAUGUGAAAUUUGGUACAAUUUUUUCCUAUGCAAGCCGUUACAUUCAACGGAAACUGAAAUUAUUGUAGCGAUGUUGGAGGUCCGUAGACAAACGUGGUUUUAAAUUUAUGCCAGUUAAUAAUCAAUUUCACGAAAAACGUUUGUAAUUAAUUCUUGCGUGACUACGAACUUCGAUGUAAUUUAAUGUUAGUUGAAUGUUGUUAAUUUAUCUGUGAAUAUCUGUAAAUAUCGUUCGUUUUGCUAACACAACUAUAUUUCAUUUGUUAUCAUAUAAUAAUAAUACGAAAGAUGAACCUAUUCAAUUCUUUUUUUUUCCGUUAGAUAAUCAAGAGUGAACCGUGAAAAAUACAAAUGUGCGGACUUAUUUACGAGUACACUUCGGGUAAUGAAUUCUGAGAACUUGUGAUGUCAAAGUUGAAACGCAAGAAAAAUAUUUUCUUUCUCCGAUUUCUAUCAAAGUCUAGACGAACAUUUGGAUCUCAAGAAGAAUUUUUGCACCCUUGGUGAAAGAAUAACUCUUCAUUUCUCAGAAUUCAUCCACAGCAAUUUACUUGUAUUUUGUCGACACAAUAUGAUGCACAAUUCACUUUUAAUCACUGUAAAUAUCGUUUGAAUGCAAAUUUUGUGAAUAAUCCACUUAAUCAGUUGAACACUUCGAUCCUCACAUAUUCUGUCAUUAUAAAAUAAUAUUCUAUUUUACUAUUGGCAAAUAAAUGCAGUUAUUACAUACAUACGAUAUAUUAAGGGAUGUAACACCCGUUUCUAUAGGUAAUUCUUAGUUAGGAAUAAAAAAUACAGAAUAAUAAUAAAUAUGCGCGCAAGGUUGGAAAGAAUGUGUACUUGAAGCUUUGAAAUAGAUUAGUUGAAUCGUUAUUGAAGCACUUUUAUCGCGAAAAUCUGAAGGGGAUCGUCGUGUCGCAGUGAGAAGAAUAUUGCGCGAAAUUUAAUUUGAGUCGUGUCAACCAAAUGAAGCUAAUUAAAUUUCUCAAAUUUUGAGUGAAAACUUAACCAAUGUUCAUUCAAGCAUGGUGAGAAAGGCUCACAUUUAUACAUGUAUUGGUAUAAGGAUUAAUAUAAUUGAAAAACUUUUUUUGAGCGCUGAAUGUGUGUAGGAUAUGAAAAUUUGAAACUUGAUCUUGUUAUCAAACACAAUCCCCCCCCCCCCCCCCAACCAUAAAAUGUGACUAGAUUCUAAUAACCGGCCAUUUCGAUAGCUGCUACUUUCUGAAAUUACACCCUAUGUGUAGCGAAAUUAUACAUGCAUUUAAAAAUAUCAAUUACAGCAUGCUGCAAUGGUUUGGAAAUUACUUCAGCUCACUAAUUAUGGUUUUCAGUUUAAUUGGAGCACGGGCGAAUGUACAAAGCAAUGUUAGAUAAUCCUUUCAUUGCGUGUUAUUUUUAUAAGGGUGAACGAUUAGCUAUUAGCAUUUGCAACUAGGGAUAAGUGCGGCGAUUAUGACAAAAUAAUACAACGAUUGUAAAACUCUUUUAGGUUUAAGGAGUAACUGUUUUCACGUCGUUUAUAAAAUCUAUCGAGAUACUAAGGAUGCUUACUAUUUCGAAGAUUUUACACAAAACAGUAUAAUGAUUUUGUCAUUAUUGUUGCAAUCUUAGUUUUUGUUUAUAUAAUAUAUAAGGAACAAUGAGGUUGUCUGCAAGUAUAUUGUUCUUAAUGAAUUAACGAUUUAAUGUAAGAUAUAAAUAUAGUACGUAUACAUAUUCGUUAAUCAAUAAUAUUAAUAAAUACGAUAAAAUAAUAAUAAUAAUAGUAAUCACAAUAUCUUAAACGUAAAUGUGGGAAUGAAAUUUUCAUGGACUAAGAAAGAAACGAACCGUAGAAAAAGGAAACGAAAAACUAACUAAACACGCGAGAUUACUAGGUUUAUGUAUUGAGCUUCAAUUUUCACUUUCCUCUGCAAAGGGUACACGAGGUGCUCUUUAUUUUUAAUGGCAGAUGUGAUCGUCGGUUGUUCGAUUUUUGGAUGUUAAAGAAAUAGAACAGAAAAAAAAAGAAAAAAAAAAAAAAAACAGGAAGGAAGAAUUAGUAACCCUAAGAUUGAUGGGAACGAUUGAGCAAUUUGGUGAGUUUCGAGAAACUCUGUUUGCUCGGUAUUAAGAGAAAUAAUAUUUUAUACAAUAAGACGAAAAGUUACAUGCCGCUUUAUAUUAUGCAAAUAUAGCUUUAUUUAUAGUUUUGUUGUACGCCGUUUGACUUGAUAAAAGAAGAGAUUGAAGAAUUAGGUAUUAUAUCCUGGUUGAAGACACUUUUUUUUUCUUCCUUUGUUUCCAUAUGAUUCUAUUUUUUUAAAAAUAAUUUAUUCGAUUAUUAACGUUUGUAUAUAAAGAUAUAGUUGGAAGUAAAAAUGUUCUCGUAAUUUCACGUUCUUUCUGCCUCUGUAGUUUCGUUUCUUUGUAGGAUUUAUAUCUGAAUAAUGGCGUAUUGCUCAAAAUUUGUACCAAAAUUGGCAACUGUUGUGUGUCUUUUUUUUCUCAACUACUUGUUCAAGUUUGAUGGUGAAAAAUGUAAAAUAAUCGCGUUUAACGAUUGGUUUACUUUGUUAUAUUUUUUUUUUUUAUCUUUUCUUUUUUUUUAUCUUUAUUUCUAUCUUUCAAACUCUGUCUCUCUCUUUCUCUUCUCUCUCUUCGACAGCACUGAUUUUUUGUAUAGAUCUACGUAUACCAUGUAUCACAUAUGUAAAUAUUUAUUACUUCUAAUAUUUAAUAGAUCAUGGAAUCUUUUGUAAGGUUGGCUGUAAUUUGAAGGCUCAUCAACAGUGUGUUUGAUACAAUUCUUCAGAUGAUUUUUUCCUCUCUCUUUUUAGCCUAGGAAAAGUUUUCACAUUUCAGCAAUCCUCGCAAAACAGUAUAUUAAGGAAGUUCUGAUUCGUUUUUUUCUCUUCUUUCUUUUUUUUUUAUAUAUAAUUUGUUAUUUAAUAUAAAGAAUGUUAUUAAAAAAAAAAAAAUGUUCUCUUUAUUAUUAUAUAAAUGUUGUAAGAAUUUUUCGUUUAUUUUGGUAUUACUAACGCAUAAGCUUUACCUCGUAAAUUAAACAUUUUUCUAUCAUAAUUAAAUAGCAUUUCUUUAUUCUGGCACCUUUUUUACGAUCAAAUAUACGUAUUAAUGCAUAUGCGUAUGUACGUUAACGAUAUUUGAAAGAGAGACAUCCUAUACAUGUUCUCCGUUGGACUUCGAAUUACAAUAAGACAGAAUGAUUUAGGUUUGUAAAGAAAAGUGCAGGAAAAGUGUCGCCAGAAAAAUGAUUAAAAACCAACGGCCACUUGUAUAACAUCGCAAUUUUACCACGGCUGUACGAGGCACCUUGCUUUUCAGUGUAAAGUUGUAACCGUUUUUUUUUUUCGCGAAUUUCAGUACUACAUAUUGGCGCAGCAAGUGCAAACGAUUAUUAUUAAAAAUGAAUCGUGAAACCUGGGUACCACGACUUGGAAAUUUACGAUUAUUCGGUGCGAAGAAACUCUCCAGAAGGCGAUUCCCCGUGCCACGGAAAGGAUAGUGAAUCUCGCUCAAUAUCGCUAUUGCUCUGGAAUUUUUAUGAUUGACGAACAAAGUUGUUGGAAGAAAUAAUCAUCAAUAUGCUUCGUCCGAAAUGACAUUUAAGAAAAUCCCAACUCAUGUAUGACAAAAUAUCAACUAUUCCUGUCAUGAAAAGUAUAUUCGUAUAGAAAAAUUUAUACCUUCUUAUCAAAUUUCCUUAGUGCAAGUAAAACUGCACUGGUAUAAACUUAUUUUUCUAUUCUCGUAACCGAGGCAGGAUUUUGUUGAUAUUCGGAUAACUAUAAGUGAUAUGUUCCCGUGGAAUGUGCGAACACACCGCAUGUGCGAAAUUCACGUAUAUUGUACACCUGUAUAAAAUAUUGAGUGGUACAUUAAAUCCGCGGUAGAAUAUUUUCAAAAAAGUAAUAAACGUAGUAGUAAUAAUAAUAAUAGUAAUAAUAACAAUAAUAGUAUAGAAAUAACAUUGAAUUUAAUUGUAUAAAGUAGACGAAUGAUUAUUGUUUGUAUUGAUGAACCAAUAAAUAAUUACCGCAAGGCUUA